AUGGGGAAGGCAAAGCCAAAGACGGCUGCAAAGAGCACCAACGGAGACGGAAAGGCAUCUGCCGGGUGGUCUCCAUAUUGGACACCGCCAAUUGCCGGACUCGUGCUGCUGGUGGCAUGGCUGGUUGCCGCAAGAAGCUUUAGCGGAGCAGGUGUCGAUGAAGCAUCGAAGAAAGAUUCCGGUGCUGCAGAGGACCCCAGUCGCGCGGGCAGCAGGAACCGCGAUGAAAAGCCAGUCAAACAGACGGCGAAGACAAAGACGCCGACCAAGAGCAGCCAAAGUAAGGCAGAGACCGCAGUUCAGGACGGUCCUUACAAGUGGAAUCCGAAGACACUCUCUGUGGUCUUGCCUUGUGCUGGAGAAGGGCUUUUUGCCAAGAAGACUGUCAUAUCCGUUGCUGAUUCGGUUCCCGGCGGAAUCGGUGGCGGUAUUCUCGAAGACAUCGUCGUUGUGGACGAUGGGAGCCAGCCACCGCUGGAUAAGGACUUCCUCACGAAGGAAUUUCGCAAAGAGUACCCCGUGAAGCUUGUACGGCACAAGACUGCUGUCGGGCUCAUGGGUGCGAAGUCUGCAGGCGCAGCCAAAGCUGCUGGUGAUGUCAUCGUUUUCUUCGACUGCCACGUUGCGCCGCAGGAAGAUUGGUAUCGAAAGUUCUUGGACAGCAUCGCGAUGAAUUACCGCCGCAUUGUCGUUCCUGUCAUCACCAACCUGGACAUCGAUACGUGGAAGGAGGUGAAUCGGAAUCAAGGCUUUGCCAAAUGCUACCUCACUUGGGAUGCUGAUUUCAAGUGGGUCGAGAGCAACUCGCCUUUCAUGCCGGUUCUCUCCGGCGGCCUGCUUGGCAUCUCCAAGCGCUGGUGGAAUGAAACAGGAGGAUAUGACGAUGGAAUGAGCGGCUGGGGUGGAGAGAAUGUUGAUCAGUCCUUGCGGUCGUGGCUCUGUGGUGGCGAGAUCCUUUCGCUCCCGAAUGCCUUUGUGGCCCAUAUGUGGCGAAAGAGGGAGGAUCCGCGAACUGCGCAGAACUACGAGGUCUCACAGCUGGACUCAGUGAAGAACAAGGCGCGGGCGGUGCUAGCGUGGUUCGAUGAGUACCGCAGUAAAGCAGCGGAGUACCCAGCUAUGUCCUACGUCGGCCAGAGCCUCGGAAGUUGCCGGGAAGGUCUGUUGGAUGGCCAGAAGUCCCAGGUUGAUCUCAACCGCAACGUGGGCAAUUUCGAAGAGGUCAAGAAACGACUGCAAUGCCGACCUUUUGCCUGGUUCCUGUGGCGAUUCCGUGAGAUCUACAUGGAGGGUGGGUUGCUGCCGACGGAGGUCUACAAGCUGCGAGAGGUGAAGUCUGGCAGCUGCUUGACCUACUUGGGGCCCAUGGGAACACACCCUUCCGGCUCAGGAGCUCUGUCCCUAUGCCUUUUCCUGUAUAUGUUUAGUUAG